AAAAAAUCUCCCUGACAACAGAUACUCUGAGAGAUGGUCAACAUCAUGAAGCUAUGGAUACCUCUGCUCAUGACAUUCUUCUGUGUGGUGCCACUGUUCGUGCUGGGAGGCGUGAAGAGACACUAUAAAUGGGGUGAACUACUAAUUGAAGAGUGCUGGGGACAGCCAAAGGUGGAGGAAUGUACCAAGAAGUGUUCUAGAACCUUUAAGUGCAAAGAACAAAAUCACACGUGCUGUUGGACCUACUGUGGAAACAUUUGCUGGGAAAAUGAAAUAACCUUAGAAAGACAGCUUACACCCUAA